AUGGUUGAAAUGACUCCUGAAGAGCAAAUACCUGUAUUGACGACUCGAUUGGCAGUUUCAGUGAGAAAGAAACUGUUAGUAUACAUAUGGAAAGAUACAGAAUUUUAUGAGACGAAGGAGCUGAAUACUCCUGAUAGAGUCAAGACAAUGGCUUGGGUUGGAUCUACAAAAAUUUGUUUGGGAUUCUCAGCCGAAUAUGCUUUGAUGGAUGUUGAGGAAGGACAGUUCACAGAGCUAUUCGCAUCUACUGGAGUGAAUGAUAAUGGACCAAUGAGCACUCUGAACAGCUUGUAUAACAUGUCUAUUGGUACGCGAGGUGGGAAGCCAAUGAUUACAAAAAUACCUAACAAUGAGAUGCUCCUUGCAAAAGACUAUGUUAGUAUUUUCUUGGGUUUAGAUGGCACUCCUACCCGCAAAGUUGGUAUUGAGUGGUCAGGGAUACCUGAACAAAUAGGCUAUUCGUAUCCAUACGUGAUUGCUAUAUUGCCAAAGCAUGUGGAAGUUCGGAAUAUCCAGACACUGAGUUUAGUACAACAAAUUGAUCUGGUGAAUAUCAAAUUCCUAAAUCAAGGAAAAUUAGUUUACAUUGCAAGCACUUCUCAAGUUUACCGUUUGACACCAUAUAGUUUCUCAACGCAGAUUGACCAAUUAGUCGAGAAGCAAGAAUAUCAGGAGGCCAUAAGCCUUUUAGACCAAAUCAACGAAGUUUUAGUGGACAAUAAGGAGGCAAAAUCUAAUUCCAUAAGAACCGCUUACGCCCACGACCUUUUCCGUUGUGGUGAGUAUGACAAAGCACUCAGUACAUUCCAAGAACUUGAUACCCCACCAGCAGAAGUUGUCAGCCUUUACCCUGAAAUGAUAGCGGGUGCAUUGGCCAAAAAACCAGAUGCACCUUACGGUGAUAAUGAAGGAGGAACAACAGAUCGUACAAUGGAGCCUCCGAAAAAACAGCAAAAUACAAGUUUGAUGACGAGCCAUAGCCAACAUUCAAAGAAAAAAGAAUCUGUACCAUUGACAGAUUUGAACCUGCGUGAAGCUGUUUCUUACUUGAUUAGAUAUCUCACUGACAAACGACAAAAAUUAGCAAAGCGGUUAAAUAGUGACAGUUCACAGUCCCUAUCAACAAUGGCAUCCGUUAGAUCAUCGACUCUGAAUGAGGAGGAGUUGCUCCAACAGUCAACCUUGGUGGAUACAACAUUGUUAAAGUGUUAUAUGAUGACGAACGAUGCUCUCGUUGGACCUCUUCUUCGUGUACAAAACCAUUGUGAUGUGGAGGAAUGUGAACAUAUAUUGAAGAACAAAAAACUCGUAUCUCUUUCGCUUAGGUUAGGAAAGCAACCUGAAGGCCCUAUGCGAGGAAUUAUGCCCACCAUACGAUAUUUACAAAAGCUAGGAAUACAUCAAUUUGAACUUGUCUUAAAAUAUUCUCGGUGGGUACUUGAAAAAGACCCUAAACAAGGCUUAGAAAUCUUCAUAGAUGAUUUGGCAGAGACAGGAACGUUGCCACGGGAAAAAGUAUUGCGACAUUUAGAAUCUGUUUCCGGCGAUUUGGCUAUCGAAUAUCUCGAAUUCAUUAUUGAAGAGUUACGUGAUGAGUCACCGGAAUUUCAUAACAAACUUAUAAUUGCGUAUUUGAAUGAGAUAAUCGCAAACAAGGAACUCAAAUCUCGACUUCUCACCUUUUUGACGGAAUCAUCGUUCUACAAAGCUGAAAAAAUUUUAUCUCGGUUGCCUAUAGAUGAUUUGUUUGAAGAACGUGCUAUUCUGUUAAGCCGUAUUGGGCAACAUGACCAAGCUUUGGAUAUAUAUGUAUACAAACUCAAAAACUAUACCAUGGCUGAAGAAUACUGCACAAAAGUCUAUUAUAAGGACCCUGUUAAAGGCGAACAAAUGUAUCUGACUUUGCUCAAAGUUUAUUUACAGCCUGCCCAUAAUCAAGAGCCUCUAAUCGAGCCAGCACUGAAGCUGUUAUCACAUCGAGGUUCUCACAUCGAUGCAAGCCAGGUCCUAUCUAUUUUGCCUGACAAUACAAAACUUCAUGGUUUAUUUUCGUUUUUAGAAAAAUACAUUAGAGAAACAAACAAACGUCGUAAUAUGGAUAUGAUCGUUAAGAAUUUGUGGAAAGCGGAGCAAAUACAAGUUGAAGAGCAACUGAUGUAUUACAGAUCAAGAGCUGUCAAAAUAACGGAGGACAGGAUGUGUCCCCAAUGUAACAAAAGAAUUGGCAAUAGUGUAUUUGCGGUAUUUCCAAAUGGUGUAGUUGUACAUUAUUCUUGCAAAGAAAAGAUUGAGCAAGCGCAAUGGAAGCUUUCGUAA